AUGCCUGUCACUACCACAUCCGCUGCUGUCCACAUUGCCCCAGUUGUCAUCAAAACCUUCUUCAAGCAUGGCGAAAAGAAAUUCAAGCGACUUAAAGCCUCUCGUCCUGAAGGAGAAGUUCCACAGGAUGACAUUUUCUUCGACGAGGCCUUCAACAUCGUGAAAGCCUUCAUCGCACUCGGAACCAAGAACACAAUCGAAUCUCUUCAGGCAUUCACGAACACCCAUAUUCCCGCGCCCCCAUGGGCUGCUGUCUCACCUGUCACCAUACCCCUCAGGACCUGUAACGAUGCCGCAGACUCACUCAUCGAAUGGUUCGGACCCGAGGAGCUCAAACACGUCGUUGGUGGUGAACGCUGGUGGCAAGUCCGCGGUCUAGAUGGGAUCGACGCGGAGUGGAUGGCUCAACAAGAUGAUCUUGAACCGCAGCCUGGUACUAAGCCUCCGAAGGACAAAAAGUUGAGCGAAGAGGAGGCAAACAUCUUGCGCAUGGAGAGGUUGGACAAGGUCUUACUCUACGUUCAUGGAGGGGGCUACUCAUGGGGCUCAAUUAAUACUCAUCGGUAUCAGAUCCUACAUUAUGCUUAUAAAUUCAAGGGAAGAGCCUUUGCGGUCAAUUAUCGUAAAGCUCCUCAAUAUCCGUGGCCAUGUCCACUGCAGGAUGUCAUCGCUGCAUAUCUUUAUCUCAUCCGACCGCCUCCCGAGGCGCUUCAUCAAGCUGUACCGCCGUCCAGUAUCGUAUUCGCCGGCGAUUCGGCCGGAGGUGGUCUUUGCUUGACAACCCUGACUGUCCUCAGAGAUCUUGGUCUUCCAAUGCCCGCCGGUUCGGUUUUGAUCAGCCCAUGGGUCGAUCUCACACAUAGUUUCCCGAGCGUUAUGCAAAACUAUGGGACUGAUAUUCUACCCAAACAUGGAUUCCUUGCCAAACCUUCGACACUGUGGCCUGUUCCAGCGAGACCUGGGAACGGCGGCCGUAUUGUGCCUACAGUGACAAACCCGCCCCCGAUGCCUGGAGAGGCGGAUACUCUUAAGCCCUCGCCUGAGCGCCUGGAAAGAGGCGACGAAGGCGAGAUGCCCAGCCCAGGCCCCCCCGUUCAAUCACAGCAAGAAAAGCUUGACAAUUCUUCAUCUGAAAAACAGGACAAGCGUGAGACGCAGAGCACUUCGACGAUAACACACCUCGACGAGUGGGAACCGAAACCUCCAAAGGUACUCAUGGAGGAUCCAAAUGCCACACCUCUGGAACUUCGCUCGCAGAUUCAAAUGUAUGCUGCCACAGAACUGCUCACUCAUCCUUUGGUCUCGCCUGUGCUCCAGGGAUCGUUGGGCGACCUCCCGCCAUUGUACAUUCUAGCAGGUGAUGGCGAGGUCCUACGAGAUGAAAUCAUCUACUUGGCACACAAAGCUGCACAUCCGGCAGAGUACCCGACAAGAGAAGGCGUUCUUCGUGACUCAGUAAGGCAGAAAGAAAAUGCGGAGAAAUUCACUCGACCCACCAAAGUCCACCUUCAAGUAUUUGAUGGCAUGUGCCACGUCUUGACCGUUUUCAUGUUCACGAAAAGUGCAAGGUAUGCGUAUCGAUCGAUUGCCGACUUCAUCACGCACAUUACAAGCCACGACGAUGAGCAUCUCGAGAGACACCCGUUUCCCAAGCGGCGCCAAGUCCCACAGGAGACAUCGGCCGACGACAAAGACUUGGAAAUGAACGAGAAAGAGGGGAACCCAAAAUUGCACGUAGAUAUCAGGAAUCUGUCCGAGAAAGUCGAUGACAAACGAGAAAAUUUGCCUCCAUUCAAAUCCUGGCCGUACCAGCAGAAUGAACAAAUUUCAACGCAAGGGAACGAGGGAGAGGUCGAUGAAAUCUCCGCAGUGUCUUCAGAGUACAGGACAACCACGAAGGGCGAGAUUGAUUCACGUGGAAUGCAUAUGAGACGUGAACGUGUUGAUCUCUGUGGUAAAGUCCGACCAUUGGAGCCAAGGGAAGCCCUCCAAGCUCUGAAGAUGAAGCCAUCACAAGUUGGACUCCUUACGGAAGCACCAGCUCUACGAUGGCUCGAAGGGCAGACCAAAUGGGACAAACGAUUUGCCCAGAGGACAGAAAAGGUGUUGAAGAAGCAGGCGAAAUAUGAGACCAAGGCAAAACGCCUGAUCCAACAUGCAUUGGACCAAGGCCUCAUCCAUGACACUGUUCGCGUUGACACAAAGGGAGACGAACAAGCGAUCUAUGGAGUCUCAACCCGACGACGGAAGAUAUCUUUGGGAAAGAUACAGCCAGAACGACGUUGGGGACCACUUGAUCUGGCAGAUGAACGGCCGCCUCCAACAGCAAUCGCUGGUCGACGCAACACGCCGGAGUCCCUAGCCUUGUUGAAAAAGAGCAUAUAUCACACCGCCCCGGUCACCCAUCGCACCGUGCCCAAGCUCAAGGUUAUGGACGCAGUUCAGGCUGCAUUUAAUCCUCACGAUGACCCCAGCAAGCCCCCUAGGCAGUCUGUCUCUGAGGAACAAGUGAGGGCCCAAAUCAUUCCUGUCCACGGUUUGAAGAUGUGGGACGGAAUUUUGAGGUAUUUCGGACGUAAGAGCACUGCUAAGGCAGCUAAAGGCUUCAACGCUGCCGCGAAAAAGGUUGGGCUGAAGUCCAAUGAUAAAACAGAGAAAGGGAAGGCUUGA